AUGACAACAGAUGUGUGGGCGCUGGUACGUGGAGACAACGAACGAGCACUUGAAGAAUAUUUGGAGGGCUGCGAAGGCGAGGGACAUAGAUUUCCGACCAGCUCCAGUGGACGCUCCCUUCGCGCCGACUAUUUUGAGCAGAAGCGGCUGCGAGAGAAGGAACGCCAGGCGCUCACGUCAAAUAGGACGCCGAAGGUCGCGGAAAAGCCGGAACGACCUCAAUCCCUGGAGAAGCUUGGCCCCGUCAAGGAGCCGCCACCGCUGACCCUUUUGCAAAGGAUCAGAAAGGCAAAGAUGUCAGGUCAACUCCCAGCUCAUGAUCCACCACCUGUACCUGCUGGAGAUGCGCACGACCAGCCCGUCAGCCACAUCCGCCAAAUCCAUCACGAGGCCACAAAGUCGCCCUCAAUCCAAUCUACCGAAACCUCGUCCUCCCACGAAAAACCGAAGACCAAGAUCACCUCCAAAGCCGAUGCGCAUCCCGGUGAUCCGGACAAUAUCGAAAAUCGGCUCCAAGAGACUUUGGUCCUUGACGUUCCACCUCCAGUAGAACUUCAUCGCAGUAGAGAGCUGGAAGAAACACAUUCAAGCAGUUCGACCGGAUUGAUUUUGCAAACCGAGGUCUCGGCCACCGUCCAUGUUCAUCGACAAAGCGAUCAGAUCCACCUUGAGCACCACCAGGGGGUGGAUCAUCUUCACGGAGUCGAGCUGAGACGUGAGCACGAGCAUUAUGAUCCUUAUAAGGAUUCUGAUGAGAUGUACGAGCAGUAUUCGGCUCCGAAGGGUGUUCUUGGGACUGGACAGGGUGCGUCCGUAUCAUUUCGGAAAGACGAGGAGUUCGAGCAGUACAGCGCUCAGAAGACCAUCAUUGGGGUUGGCGCUUCACCGACUUCAGGUGGGAUCGGGCAUGGUGCGUCCAUAACAGUUGGAAAGUCCGAGGUCUUCGAGCAGCACAGCGGGCAGAAGAACAUCAUUGGGAGUGGGAGUGGAGCUUCGGCGGCUUCUGAGGGUGUUGUGGUUGGACAUGGUGCGUCUGUCACUCUGUCCGCAACACCCGAGAAACCCCACGUUUUCGAGCAGUACAGCCCUCCAACAAACAUUGUUGGGCUCGGAGCCUCACCUACCGGAACUUUGCCGAUAAUAGGCCGAGGCGCGACACGAACAAGUUCAAGCCCAAAGCCCUAUGACCGCUACACCCCCACAGGUUACUCCCCGUCCACAAAAUCACCAACCUUUAAAGUGCCACCCAUCCCCACCGAGGCCAUCGAGCCGUACAGCCCCUAUGCUGACGUUGUCCUAAAGAAGGUAGGUGAACAAAAGUCAGCUCACUACAACGCCUACGGUGCUGACGCCGAGAUCGCUGCCGCUUCACAACGUCACCUCAUCUCCCCGGAACCACAGCUCGACGAAUCCGGAUAUGCAAUUCCCGAAAGGGCAUUAUCACCGCCCCCCGAUGCCCCGCCCACAGAGAAGAAGUGGACCUGGAGGGGCACAACAACUUCGGCCAGUUCAAGGAGCAGAACCCCCACAGACUACGAGGUUGCUGAUUACAUGAUGGAGACGGCGAGGUUGGAUGAUGCUCGUAUCGAGCACAGAGCCGUCGAUGACACCCCCAGGAUCAGUGAGCGUGUCCUCAGCCCAGUCGAAAUGGAGCGCGUACUCAGCCCCGUGCUAAGCCGGGAGCACGAGCUGCAGACGAAACUCCACUAUGAUGACGACCUCUCCGAAAAGCUCAGAAAAUCACUGCAAGAGGCCGAGAGAUCGCUUGCCCAACCAAAGGAGAGGGCAGUCGAUGUACAACACCGCAGGUUUGAAGCGUCUUCCAGCGUCUCGUCCACGGAUUUUGUGCAGGAGGUGAUGUCGAGGAGGAGCUUCAACUUGGAUGGGGCUCCGCAUAGAGCUGUGCCGAGUACGGUGACUCCGCCCUCGACGCCGUUGACCGCGACCAUUACAUCGACGGCGAAUCCCUUGGCUGCGUACGCACGUCAGGAGAGUCAUCUGGAGACGCACGAUGAACAUGCUGAAUAUGAUGAAGUGACGGUGGAAAGGGUGCAGCAACAGAAGGUGGAGCCCAUCUACUCCGAAGUCGCAGAAACCCACAGCCCCAUCAAGCCGAAGCCCAUCUUCAAGCCAAAAACCGAACCCACCGAGCAGGGCAGAUCUCAGCUUCUCGAAGAGAUCCGCAACCGCAAAUGGAAACCCGAACCGGUGGUGCUCACCAACUACACGGUACACACCGAACCAUCACGACCCACCAAGCCGGUACCCGCACCACGCAACCAUGAAUAUGACGAGGUGGCCAGAGAGGAGCCAGUGAGACAGGCGUCGCAUCGAGAGGUAUUCGGCCAUUCCCAACUCUCCGGAACCUACACCUCCACGGUCGAGACACACCUCGGCGAGGAGAACAUCUACGAGGAGAUUGAUCACUAUCAAAUCGUGCCCGCCAAACAGAACUCCACGACCUCCCAGAAGACGUCUGCAGCCCCUCCCCCUCCCCCCACCUCGGCCCCACCUCCUCGUGAUGUGCACCGGGCUCGCGAGGAGUUUGCCCAUCGACACGACUCGAGUGCUGAGCGAAAGUUUAAGGGCAACAAGUACGAAGACGAACCAGCCCCCGAACCCACCGAAGAUGAACACCUUGACUGGGAGCUAAUCUACACGACGAACGCCAUCCGCCAGAUGAGCCGCAACAACAAGUGGAGGGAGAGCAUGCUCAACAAGGACAAAAUCCCGCCCGUCCCCAAGAAGACGAAGGAACUCCCCGCCGAUGUGCUGCCCAAGAAUUCGCCAUUUACAAGACCGGCGGAGAGCCCGAGCUCGGGGAGGAAGACGCCGACUUCGUGGACCAAGAAUGAGGGCUUCACGUUUUCGGUGCCGGGGAUACAGAGAAUCGCCGUGGAGGAUGAGAUGGAAGAGGAGAGGAGCAAGAGAGCAGCGCCAGAAGCCUGGGAGCAUGAGCGUGUCGGGGUCAAGCAGGUGCCAACGAAUAUUGCACGAGGUCAUCAAAUCACGGUGCCGCGAGUGGCCCAACCCAAGGAGGUGGUGGAACCCCAGCCGGUAGAUCGACAACCCACUCACCAAGCCCCUGUUGCGCCUCGACGUGCCACGACGGAGGAAUCCUACCACUUCCAGGGUGUCAAGAAUUUACGCCAGCAGUUCUGCUCCCCAGAAGCCGCGCCAUGGCGUCGUACCCAGUCCGUUGGAAACGUGUACGAGGUGCCGAGGGCAAGGCUGGAGCACGGUGAUGAUCUGAGGACAAGACCUGGGCCUCUGAGUGAGGUUCCGAAGGGGAGGCCCAGCUCGACCUCAUCCCUAUUGGAUACGACAACGCCAUCGACACCGAUUAAGCAACCGGCCAGGACACAUCAGGACACGCCGAGGGUCGUCAGGAAGGAGGUCACCUCGCCGCUUCCUCGGAUUCAGAGUCCAAGGCCUCGGCCCGUUGAUUUGAGCCCGUUGACGGCUGAUGCUCAGCAGAGAUUCUACACCCUACGCUCACCAAGCCCACGAGCCCAAACGACACCAAGCCCACUGGCUAGAUCCGAGGCAGAGCUUCGAAUUGGUGGCGGCGCGCAACCAGGCCAACACUUCCACUCCAAGCCCUCAGAAAGCGACCAGCACGAGGUUCGACACCAGGAGCACCACCUCGAAAAAGAAAAUCACUACGAGGAGAUCGAACACGGUGAAGUAAUCGGGAAGCCUGAAGUGCAGCACCAAAAACCGGUGGAGCAUCACUAUGAUGAGCCUGCCAAGGAAAAUGGACAUCACCCGCAUGGGCCCGACUACUCACCGUACCCACAUCACUACGAACACACCUAUGAACCUCAUACCGAAAAAGAGAAUCGUCGGCGGGCGGAGGAGCGUGAGAAGAGGAGAAGGGCCGAGGAAGAGGAGGAGGAGCAGAGACGCCAAGAUGUAGAGCGACGAGAGGAGGAUGAUCGCCUCUGGCAGCUUGAGCAGGAGAGGAAGUAUGAAGAGGAGAUGAGGAGGAAGCGGGAGGGCAGACUGCAUUCACCGACUUACCGUGAUGCCGACAUUUCAAGAACCGAGGAGCACAUCUACGAUCAGGUGUAUGAGCCGUUGGAGAGACCGGAGAGAAUGGAGAGAAUCGAGGAGACAAGAACGCAGCAACGGCAACAUGGCGGGUAUCACUUGGAGCACUACGAGGACGAGGAGAUUGAGAAGACGGUGAUACCGGUGUAUGGAGGGCAUUUGGUACAUGAUGGCCGAGAUAUGACCGUGUUCCCGAUCGCUACAGCGCAUCAUUACGAUGAGAUUCACUACCAGUUGGCUCCUGAGCAACGACCGCCCGGAAUUCCGGAGCAUAUCGACUUGACGAAUGCCGAAGAGGUGACGGUAGAGACGAAGACCAAGGUGGUCACCAUCGUCAAGCGCCGGAACGUCACGGGCGAAAUCUUCGAGGAGGAGUAUCUGACUGAAAACUCGACGUUUCCGACAUCCGUUCAUCUGACGACGCCUAUUCAUCGGCUAUAUGACUCCAACACCCCAACGUCACACUACCAUACACCUGCCGGGGACCAGGGUCAUCUACAAAGAGCUGGUGCUACACUUGGCCAAGGCGCCAGCCCGAUCUACGACACCGUAUACGAGGGAAUGACAGGCAUCGGCUCCGGCGCCCACUCGAACUCUCCCAACUCGGCGCCGCCGCCCCCAGAAGAGCUUGUAGAAAAGAGGGACCAACCGCAGUACCGCUCAGUUGGGACCAGCCACAGCCCACCACACCAAGACGCCCCGAAUCGAGAACGUGGCGAGCUGGUGCGACCUAUUCAGUGCGAUCCGUCGGUGGAAAGGAACAUCUACCUGGCCGGUGGCGCCUCCCUGUUGCCCGGGUUGGCGGAGAAGGUGGAGACCGAACUGGAGACGGUGCUGCCGAACACAAUCAACGCCCAGGUGCACAUCUCACCGUGGCGGUAUCACGCGGCGUUCCUCGGGGCACAGGUAGUCGCCGCGGCAGCCUCGUUUGAAGAUUCCUGCAUCGGCCCCCAGCAGCUUCAACAGUUCCUCACCCAGCUCCAAGCCACCGGAUUC